AUGCCUGUGUUGUAUAGAUUAGCCCUGGCCACUGUACUAGCCUUCUCCCUCGUCCCUCAGUUCGUGGCAGCUCAGUCUACGUGCGAGCCGUAUGACGACCACUGGCACUGCCCACCAGGCGUCAGUCCUCCCAUCACGCCGCCUCCCCAGCCGCCCAGCGCUACAAGUCUUUGUGCCAGCACCACCGGCUAUGUGGGCAUCGCCACCACCGUGACCGACUAUGACGCCUUUACGCGCUCGCUAAACUCUGUUCACCGCACCACCGGCGCCCCGUCGCUCUCGGGAACCCGCGUGCCGGUCUAUACCACCACCCGAACCUUCCCCAGCCUCGGGCUGAUCACCGCGUAUGGGUACUAUGACUCUCACGCGCUGAGCUCGGCUGGCUUCUCGUUCGUCUCGGGCCUCACCGUCGUCACAACGGCCUGCAGUCCCAACACGCCGACGCUGCCUCCUAGCCCUACUGGGAGCAUCUGCAGCCCGCAUGGAGAUCACUGUUCGAAUCCUGCUCCCUCCACCUCCUCCCCGCUUACCCGUGGCAAGGAUAACCCGGCUGGCUAUCGACAACAACCACCCGCCUGUGCCGUCGAGCCCACACUUGUUGGGAACUUCGUCUCCAUGGCUACAAACGACCGACAGCUCCGCUGUUUGGACACAGGCCCCUCUCGAUGA